UUGGUCAAUGCGGCAAUCAAAUCGGCCACCGAUUUUGGGAUCUUGUACUGAGGGAAUAUGCUUGUGUGAAUAAGGUUGUCGGAUUGAAAUUAGAGUUUAACAUUUCUAGGAAGGUGGUUUCGACGAGUCCAUGCAGGCGUUCUUUUACUCAUUGCAAACAAGAAGAAGCAGUAUUGGUAGACAUGGAAGAAGGCGUGGUAAAAAGCUUGCUUCGCGGUCCACUUGGAAGUCUCUUCGAUGUUUCCCACCUUGUUACAGACUUCCCCGGAUCAGCUAACAAUUGGGCUGUCGGUUUUUUUGAACAUGGGCAAAAGCACACCAAUGAAAUUCUUGAAGCCGUUCGACGAAGCGCUGAACUCUGUGACUGUCUUCAAUGCUUUUUUAUCCUUCAUUCAAUGGGUGGUGGCACGGGAUCUGGAUUGGGCAGUUAUAUAACCAGCCUACUAUCGGAUAGUUUUCCAGAGGCUUACAAAAUUGUUACCGCAGUUCUCCCCUCUGUCAAUGACGAUGUUAUCACAUCUCCAUAUAACACAGCUUUGGCCAUUGCCAAGCUAACUGAGCUGGCAGAUUGUGUUAUCUCUGUUGAGAACGAGGCUCUUGCGAAGAUUGUGAAUAAAAUUCAUAAGGAGCUGGAAGUAAGCAGAGAAAAAAAUGAAGUCGCAUUGGGGAGUGUAAUUUGUGGCAAAGGUGGUGUUGCCGGUGGCAGAGCAAGGGCGUUCGAUGAAAUGAACAACAUCGUUGCCAACAUGCUUCUCAAUCUUACCAGCUCUGCAAGAUUUCCGGGGACGAUGAAUGUUGACCUGAACGAGCUGAGUAUGAACUUAGUUCCUUUCCCACGAUUGCACUACCUUAUUGCAGCUCAAAGCCCACUUACAUCAUACAGAAGUAUCUCAGCUCCACGAAAUGCCGACCAGAUCUACCAGGAUGUCUAUUCUCGUGACUACCAACUCAUCUCCACCAAUCCACGUGAGCACACUUUCUUGGCCACUUCCCUCCUCCUCCGUGGUCGCGAUUUCGCCCCUGACCUCCGUCGUAACAUUGACCGGCUGCAGGGACAAUUACGUUUCGUGGCUUGGAACAGUGAGGGCUGGAAGGUGGGUCACUGUGCAACACCACCGGUGGGUCAGCAAACAGCGCUCCUUGCACUCUCCAAUUCCACUGCCGUUGCAGUGCCGUUCACAUCGGUGCUCAACCGUCUGCGUAUACUUUUCCGCAAGAAAGCGCAUCUUCAUCACUACCUAUCCGUCACUGGCUUUGAAGCAGCAUCUGCUCUUGAAAACGCCUCUGAAAGUCUAAACAGUCUCAUUGGUGCCUACAAAUUCUUUGAUGCUCCUAAUGCCCUGGAUAAAUUAAGUCGCGAAAGUAGCAUCGAUGUACCGGCAUUCAAGAUUGCUGAUUGA